CCUAUCAAGAUGUAAACAAAGAAAUGUAAAUAGCAACAGUUAGGAAACCGAUAAGUAGCACCUACAACAAUGUCUGCAGAAACUCUAGUGUCUUUGCCAAAAAUUUCAAGGAACGACAUGUCUCGACCGUCGCUUUACAGCAGCAGUAGCAACAGUGGAAGCACAAGCAGCUGCACUUCACGUCAAGCGCUUAGAGGCGCGUUGUCAAGGUCAUCUACUUUGGGUUCAAAUGAAACGAAGAGGAAUGGUUCAAGAACAGAAUGCCUCACGUCUUUAUCAGCAUUAUACAGAUCUACGUACAAACCUUACCAGUUCACUCACAUGUAUGGCACGCAUUACAAUCAAGAUUUUCAGGGAAGGUUUGUUCUUCCACCGCAGCCAGAAAGGCAAAUAAGUGCAAGGUAUGCACCAGUAAACUACUUAUCGCUGAAGACAACUUACCAAGAGGAAUUUCGUGAUCAAGAGCGCAUCGGAAAACCUUUGAUAUUGCCCUGCUCCAAACACAGAAGGAAUAAGCCGCAUCCACAAUUGAGAAACACAUGGAAUUACCCAAACACCUAUCACUGGAUUUGGAGUGGAAAAAAUCAUCGAAAAAGUUCAUUAAUCACGUUAAACGAGGAAAUGGAAAACAGGAAGGCAAAAUCAGCAGGUGUUUCUACGGGAGCAAAAGAGAUAAUGAGGACGCAUCGUUGGUGCUCAAGAUGAUUUGUGAAGAUGUUUGCAACUCCAUAUGUCACAAUGUUUCUCUAUUUUCUAAAUGUCUAACAAUGGCUAAACGUCUACCAUUUGAUUAUUGUAUUAACGACUGUUCUCAUCAAUGAUCAGAGUUUGUGAAAAUUUUAUUGAUUCACUGAGAAACAUACGACUAGUUAUUGGUGAACUUAACAGUAACAAAACCGUAGGUUCGUAUCUGUGUUCAUUGGUUCAUCAUCCUGGAUGAAGUUCUCGACAAGCAACUAUAGCAAAUCAUGUAAAAAGAUUGUGGUGUAUUCAUAUGCCGUUGAAGUCUUCUGGCCUUAUAAAAAUUUGUCAAUUUCCUAUAUGACGCUUCCACCAUUCACUGUUCGCAGCGGAAGUAUUAAAAUGUGACGACUGUUUGUAUACGUCACUAUUGUUCAGCAUGAAAAUAUGUAUAAACAUGUUUUAAAACAAGUUCUAGCCUUUACUUCGCUGCGUGACUAACUUUGUUGAUAACUCAACUUCGAUUGCAAAGAAGAAGAAUAUUUUCCUUUUA